AAUGAAUGUUUGCUUACAUGAUGGCGACAAUUGGAGAAAUGUUGGACAUAAUUGCUAUACUUAUGAUUUAUCAAUGACACAAUAUACUUGGAAUGAGGCAAAGUCAUGUUGCGAAACUAAUAAUAUGACUUUAGUUAGAAUCACAAAUACUGACGAAAAUUCCGAGAUAUUCGAUAUGAUAGCUGAAUUGGAGACUAAUGGUAUUGUUCAUGGUCAUUGGUUGGGUGUUUAUACCACAAAUCAGACAUUUUACGAUAAUAAUAUUCUGGUUAAAGUGCUUAAUCUUGAAAUUAAAGAAUUAUAUCAUGAUUUAAAUGAGCCAGAAGUUGGUUGUACAGCUUUGAAAUAUGAUGCUUCUGGUGGAAUUAAGGAAAAUUGGAUAAGUGUCGAUUGUAGUAGUGGUAAUGGAGUUGUUUGUCAAGUUAAAUCAGAUUUGAUAAAUUUUGCACCCUCAAACUUGAAUUGCUUGCAAACGACGACUGCUAUACAAACAACUCCCGCACCUGCUUGUCCUACGGGUUGGUCAAAAGUUGGCGAUAAAUGUUAUGCAGUAGAUACGUCUAAUGAAGGUUAUACAUGGAAUGAGAAUAAGCUAUGCUGUGAAAAUUUCAAUGCCCAUCCAGUUAGAAUUACGUCGGAAGAUGAAAAUUCUGUUCUACACGCAUUAACCUAUUUAGGUAAAUAUCGUACGGCUGGUAAAACUCAAGGUCAUUGGUUAGGUAUACAAACAAAAGAUGGCAAUGUUUCGUAUGAUACAAAUCAGACUAUCACUAAAAUCAAUGGACAACAUAUAAAAUAUAUGUUUUAUGAUAAUGUAGUACCAAAUAAUGGAUGUGUCAUACUAAAAUUUGAUACUGGCGAACCUUCGUCAGAAAAUUGGAAAGGAGUUGAUUGUGUAGAAUCAAAUGGUGUUGUAUGUGAAACGUCCAUUGAAAAUAGCCAAAGUUCACAGACGAAUUUUUCUUGCGAAAUUUUAAAAACCACAACUAACGCUAUGACAACAAUACAAACAACAGAAUCAGUUAUCUUAUGUCCUGAUGGGUGGGUAACGUUUGGUAAUUAUUGUUAUGGAAUUGAUCAAUCUCAAACAGGUUAUACUUGGUCUGAAGCUUGGGACUGUUGUCAAUCAUAUAAUUCUACAUUAUUAAGAAUAUCCUCAUCGUCACUGAACGCUAUUAUUGCGGAUUAUAUUGUAGAUAAAAAGAAUGGAACGAUGACAAACGGAUAUUGGCUGGGUGUUAAAUAUUUUGAUUUUAUAUUAAAAAAUCGAUACGACGAUAAAAAACCUAUCAUAAUUGAUAAGGAUUAUAUUCCAUUGAAUGAAAUGUACCACGAUGAUAGUGAACCUAAUCAGGGUUGUACCCUAUUAAUGUUUAUACAAGAUCAGAAAGAAAUUGAAAAUUGGAUGUCGGUUAACUGUAGCCAUUUGAAUGGUGUCAUAUGUCAGAAAAUUCAAUUACCACUAAAAAGUUCCUAUUCCAACUUUUCUUGUGCUAAAACCCAAUCUACACUAGAGGACACUACUAUUAUAACUACUGCCUCUCCAUCUUUAGCUGAGUAUAAUGAUAUUCGAUAUCAAGAUGAAGAUAAUAUAAUAAUUGAUAAUCAGAAUGUAUCCUACUUAAAUGACAUGUAUUAUGAUAAAUUAAUUCCUAAAAGUGGUUGUACUCUUUUGAAGUUUAAUAAAACUGGAUUAAUAGAAAAUUGGAUGUCAAAUGGUUGCGAUAGCUUAAAUGGUGUCAUUUGCCAACAAUCAAACUCUUUUUCGUUUAAUAAAAGUGAAAAUUUGUCUUGUUUUUCAAAUGAUCUAGUAACAACCCAUUCGAAUAGAAUUACAACGCUAAUAGCUUCAACUAGCCAGCCUAUCAAUUGCCCUAAAAGUUGGAUAAGUCACGAUAAGAAAUGCUUUGGUCGUUAUACAUUAAAUGUUGGCUUUACCUGGCAAGAAGCAAAACUUUGUUGCGAAAGUAUAAAUACUACACUUGUGCGUAUAGAAAAUUUAAGAGAGAAUCUUGCUGUUCAUUCACUUACUUAUAAUCAAGUUGAAAAUAGUAUUGAAAAUGGAUUUUGGUUGGGUGCCAUAAUGAAAAAUAAUACUCUUCUUUACGACAAUAAAUCACAUAUUUUUGUGCAAGAAGUUAAUGACAUUAAAGAUAUGUACAUAAGUGAUAAUAUAUCUAGUGAUGGAUGCCUUUUGUUAAAAGGAGGUGAAUACGAAAAGUCUUAUGUAUUUAUCGAUUACUUUGAAGAACUAAGUGGUAUAAAUAAUAAAUAUAACUGGUAUGUUAGAAUUAAUUGUGCGAAAGGAUACCAUAUAUCUUUAAAUAAUACUAUCUCAACGCUUAUUCAACCUUGCGAUGAAUCUUUAAAAACAGUCUGGAAAGAACCAUUUUGUAGACAGAUAAUUUGUAAUCAAAGCAACUUGAGAAAUAUCAAUAAUUCAUUUAAACUAUCAAAACGAGCGAAUUCUGUUCAAUAUAUCUGUCUUAGUGGUUAUCACUUUGAAAAGGGUGUUACAGUUAUGAAUGCUACUUGUUCAACAAAAGGUUUAUGGUUGUAUCCAUACUCAUCCUGUAAACCAAUACCCUGUCCGAAAUUGGAAAUAAUUUCUCAUUCAAAACUUUCUUGCAUUGAACGUAAAAUUGGACGAAAAACUUGCUGGAUAAGAUGCAAACCUAAUUUCAGACUAUUAAGAAAAGAUAGAGUUUUUAAAUCAGAAAGUAUGCAAAUUGAAUGUUUGAGAGGUAUUUGGAUUUCACAGUAUGACGUAAGUUGUCAAGAAAUCUUGUGUCCACUUAUUCCGUUUUGGGAAAAUCUAGAACUAAGUUCGAAAGCCAGAGCUGUCGGAUCAAUAAUAACGUAUUCAUGCUUACAAUCUUAUUCAUUUAGAACCAACGUUUCUUCAUAUAAUAUUGCUUGUUUGAGCGAUGGAAAUUGGAAUGACACAUUGAAUGUCUGCCAAGAAACGGUUGUAAAUAAUAAAAAAAUAGAAGUAGAAGAAGCUAAGCACGCUGAAAAAUAUGGACUCUUAAGUGGUCUUAUCUUGGCAACCAUGAUUAUAUUUAUAGCUGUUGUUGACAUAGCUACUAUUCGAUGGAAUAGGGCUUGUCAUUGUUAA